AUGUCGAAGUGGUCAAAGCUGCAGCUUCCAAGUGACAGCCGUGCCCCGCCACUUCUCUACAAGUACCUUACCAGCAAAUUAGGUUGUGAGAUAUACGUGACAGACCUGGCCCAUGUGUGGUCCCAGAGCCUGAGCCGCAAAGAAAUCCUGAAAAACGCAUCCAAAUAUAACACGAGCAUUGAUCCCGGCGAAGAUGAAGAACAGUAUUUUGUUUUCCUACAGAAAAUUUUCUGA